AUGAGUGGAGUCAAAAGGGAGAAACCUGAACCCAAUGAGAUUCCUCAAGAGGAGGUCAAGAGUAACUCACCCAGCACACCUUCUGAGAUGUCACCUCUUUUUCUGAACAAGAACACUCAGAAGGCAAUGCAGUCUAUUGCCCCGAUAUUGGAGGGGUUCAGCCCCAAGACGUCAGCUAGUGAAAACAUGUCUUUAAAAUUGCCACCCCCUGGAAUUCAAGAUGACCACAGGGAGGAGAACCUCACUGUGCAUGAUACGUUGCAAAGAACUAUAAGCACUGAAUUAGGCAAUGGAAAUAAUGUUAUUACAGAGACGGCUUGUGGAAUUGAAAAGGUAGACAGUGAUCCAAAGUCGGAAGCUGAUCUUGAAGUGCUCCCCAGUAUUUCCAGCAAUAUCAACGAUGCAGGUAAGAUAGACUCAGCCCCCAAAACUGAAUUAUCACAUGUACCACAAGCGAUUGUGGAUGUUGAACAUACCAAUGUUGGAUUUAGCUCAGUGCCUAGUUCAUCAGCUUCUUCCCGCAAAUCCUCGACAAGUCAUUCCAAACCAAAAUUACCGAAAAUUGGGAAGAUUGGUGUCUGCGCGAUGGAUGCAAAAGUACUUUCAAAGCCAAUGAGACAUAUCUUGAAUCGCUUAAUAGAACAUGGUGAAUUUGAAACUGUCAUAUUCGGGGAUAAAGUGAUUUUAGAUGAAAGAAUCGAAAACUGGCCUACAUGCGACUUUUUGAUAUCUUUCUUUUCGUCAGGAUUUCCCCUAGACAAAGCAAUUAAGUACGUGAAAUUGCGCAAGCCUUUUAUUAUCAAUGACUUGAUAAUGCAAAAGAUCUUAUGGGAUAGAAGACUGUGUUUGCAAGUUCUAGAAGCUUACAACGUCCCCACUCCUCCAAGACUAGAAAUAAGUAGGGAUGGUGGUCCUCGAGCCAACGAAGAAUUAAGAGAGAAGUUACGUGAACACAGUGUGGAAGUGAAAUCUGUUGAAGAGCCGGAUUGGAAAAUGGUGGAUGAUGAUACUUUAGAAGUUAACGGGAAAACCAUGACCAAGCCCUUUGUUGAGAAGCCCGUUGAUGGAGAGGAUCACAACAUUUAUAUAUAUUAUCAUUCUAAGAACGGUGGAGGCGGUCGCCGUUUAUUCCGUAAAGUUGGCAACAAGUCGUCUGAAUUUGAUCCUACUUUAGUUAAUCCUCGUACAGAAGGGUCCUACAUUUAUGAAGAAUUUAUGGAUACAGAUAACUUUGAAGACGUGAAAGCCUAUACUAUCGGUGAAAAUUUUUGCCAUGCAGAAACCAGAAAAUCCCCUGUAGUUGAUGGUAUAGUGAGAAGAAAUACUCAUGGUAAAGAAGUUAGAUAUAUCACUGAGCUAUCCGACAAAGAAAAAACCAUUGCUGGGAAAGUCUCAAAGGCGUUUUCUCAAAUGAUCUGUGGUUUUGAUUUACUGCGUGUUUCCGGCAAAAGUUACGUCAUUGACGUCAACGGGUUCUCUUUUGUAAAAGAUAACAAAGUUUAUUAUGAUUCAUGUGCAAAUAUACUAAGAAAUACUUUCAUUGAGGCUAAAAAGAAAAUGGAUAUGGAGAAGAAGAACCUACCAAUUAUCCGGGAAGAGAAAGAACAAAAAUGGGUAUUUAAAGGAUUGGUUAUCAUUAUUCGUCAUGCCGAUAGAACACCAAAGCAAAAAUUCAAGCAUUCAUUUACUUCACCCAUUUUUAUAUCACUAUUGAAAGGCCAUAAGGAAGAAGUUGUUAUUAGAAACGUUAAUGAUCUGAAAAUUGUUCUUCAGGCUCUAAGGAUUGCAUUGGAUGAAAAGGCAGGAAAUCCAGCCAAAAUUAAAGUGUUAGCAAAUGCUUUAGAAAAGAAGUUGAACUUUCCAGGAACUAAAAUUCAAUUAAAGCCAGUCUUGAACAAAGAGAACGAGGUUGAAAAAGUACAAUUUAUUCUAAAAUGGGGUGGUGAGCCUACUCAUUCUGCCAAAUAUCAAGCUACUGAGCUCGGAGAGCAAAUGAGACAAGACUUCGACUUACUAAAUAAAAGCAUUUUACAGAAUAUUAAAAUAUUCUCAUCAUCUGAAAGACGUGUUCUUCACACGGCUCAGUACUGGACCAGAGCUCUUUUUGGAGCAGAUGAACUAGGUAGUGAUGAAAUAAGUAUCAGGAAGGAUCUCUUAGAUGAUAGUAAUGCCGCUAAGGAUUUAAUGGACAAAGUGAAAAAGAAAUUGAAGCCUCUGUUAAGAGAAGGAAAAGAAGCUCCUCCACAAUUUGCCUGGCCUUCAAAAAUGCCAGAGCCAUACUUAGUCAUAAAGCGAGUUGUUGAAUUGAUGAAUUUUCAUAAAAAGGUCAUGGAUAAUAACUUUGCUAAAAAGGAUGUCGACGCAAUGCAAACAAGAUGGUGUACUUCUGAAGACCCCAGUUUGUUCAAGGAGAGAUGGGAUAAACUUUUCAAAGAAUUUAAUAACGUUGAAAAAGUCGAUCCUUCUAAGAUCUCUGAAUUAUAUGAUACCAUGAAAUACGACGCUCUUCAUAAUAGACAGUUUUUGGAGAACAUUUUUGAUCCGGGGAAUCCAAAUGAAGCUAUGGCCGAUGAGUUGGGUACUCACUCUUUAGUUGAUCGUUAUCCGAUUAAUAUUCUCGCCAAGAACAAUUUUAAGAUUGUAGACAGCAGCAGUAUGAGUGGUUCUAGCAAGAACAACAGUAACAGCGUUGGCUCGUUAGGUUGGGUUCUAGAGAGUGGAAAAACUUCUAGGGCCAGAAAUUCCAAAUCUUCAUGUCAAUUUGAUGAGCCAAGAUUCAUGCAGUUACGGGAACUGUAUAAGUUAGCCAAGGUGUUGUUUGAUUUUAUUUGCCCCAAGGAAUACGGUAUUUCAGAUGCUGAAAAACUGGAUAUUGGUUUAUUGACAUCGCUGCCUUUGGCUAAACAAAUAUUGAAUGACAUAGGAGAUAUGAAAAAUAGAGAAACCCCAGCUUGCGUUGCAUAUUUCACCAAAGAGUCUCAUAUUUACACCUUGCUGAAUAUCAUAUAUGAAUCUGGUAUUCCAAUGAGGAUUGCCAGAAAUGCCCUACCGGAAUUUGAUUACCUAUCGCAGGUUACGUUUGAACUUUAUGAAAGUACAGAUGCUUCUGGUCAAAAGUCACAUUCUAUCAGACUUAAAAUGUCUCCAGGUUGCCAUACUCAAGAUCCAUUGGACGUUCAGUUAGAUGACAGGCACUAUAUUAGCUGUAUCCCGAAGAUUUCCCUCACAAAGCAUUUAGAUAUGGAUUAUGUCCAACAGAAGUUGAGAAACAAAUUUACCAGAGUUAUCAUGCCUCCGAAAUUUACUCCAGUAAAUAUUACGAGCCCUAACUUGAGUUUCCAGAAACGCAAGACAAGAAGAAAGUCGACAUCUGUUGAUAAGUCUAAACCUCCUCCUACUUCCUCCGGAACCUCAUCAUCCAGUUCGAUCAACAAGACGCUAGAAUAA